AAAACGCGCCCCGCCAUCCCGCCAGUCGUCAUGAAUAGCAUAACGGAGCAGAUUGGCAACACACCGCUUGUCCGCUUGAACAAGAUCCCACAGUCGCUCGGCAUCCGUGCCACCGUUUACGCAAAGGUCGAGGCUUUUAAUGCCGGUGGCAGUGUCAAGGACCGCAUCGCUCUGCGCAUGAUUGAAGCUGCUGAAAAGUCUGGCCGCAUAAAGCCCGGUGACACGCUCAUUGAGCCGACAUCUGGUAACACGGGUAUCGGGCUUGCGCUGGUGGGCGCUGUCAAGGGAUACAAGACCAUCAUUACACUUCCCGAGAAGAUGAGCCCGGAAAAGGUGGCGGUGCUCAAGGCGCUAGGUGCAGAGAUUAUUCGCACACCGACAAGUGCGGCGUGGGAUAGUCCCGAGAGCCACAUUGGUGUUGCGCGGAGACUAGUCAAGGAAAUUCCAAAUGCGCAUAUCCUUGACCAGUACUCAAACGUCGACAAUCCGCUUGCCCACGAAUGCGGCACGGCUGAGGAGGUUUGGGCCCAGACCGAGGGCAAGGUUACCAUGCUUGUUGCUGGUGCGGGAACAGGAGGCACAAUCACUGGUCUUGCGAGGGGCUUGAGAAAACACAAGCAGGAUGUCAAGAUUAUUGCGGCGGAUCCUCAUGGCAGUAUCCUGGCGCUGCCUGCAAGUCUGAACGAGGAGCACGUAAAUGAGGGAUACAAGGUUGAGGGUAUUGGCUACGACUUUAUUCCCGAUGUUUUGGAACAGAAGAUUGUCGACAAGUGGUACAAGACUGACGACCGCUCUUCGUUCCAGUACGCGCGCAGGUUGAUUGCCGAGGAGGGUAUCCUUUGCGGUGGUUCUUCCGGAAGCGCCAUGGCAGCUAUGGUUGAGGCGGCUCGCGACAUGGAUUUGACCGAGGAUGACGUCGUUGUUGUCAUACUUCCAGACAGCAUUCGCAGCUAUCUCAGCAAAUUUGUCGACGACGACUGGCUCGCUGCAAACGAUCUGCUCCCGCCCACACCACCUGAGACACCUGACUCAAGCGGCGCACAACUUCGCCGUCUUUCGACCAGCAAGAAAACCGACCCCUUCCAUGGCGCUACCAUUGCUUCUCUCCGCCUCAAGCCUGUGACUACUGUCGCCGCAGACUCACCUUGCAGCGAAGCCAUUGAGACUAUGCGCGAAAAGGGUUUCGACCAGCUACCCGUAAGCGUAUAUUCGUCGUCCGGUAAGGCGCGAUUGGUCGGUCUAGUAACACUCGGCAACCUGCUCUCGUACAUUGCCGCUGGCCGUGCUACCCCCAAGUCGCCUGUCGAAGACGUCAUGUUUGAUUUCAGGAAGCUGAACGAGGUUGUCAAAGACCUCGGUCGCCUAUCGCUCGACGGCGACAACGCAAAGAACACACAGAAAGGCGGCAACAAGGGCAGAAAUGAGUUUGUCGAAAUCACAAAGGAGACCAGCCUGUCCGACCUCAACAAGUUUUUCGAGUGGAACAGUGCGGCCGUUGUCACGGAGCACGUAGAUGGCGAGCACAGGGCUGUUGCCGUAGUCACAAAGGUCGAUCUGCUUACCUGGAUGGUUAGGCAGGGACAUACUAACGGCACCUCGAGCUAAGCAUAGCCGACAGGGUACAUGUGUUUAUCCAAGCGAUAGAUGGCAUUCAUACAAGAUAGACCCAUUAGCGAACAAAAAAAGGGUGGGCGAUGAGACACGGAGUAUUGCAUGGGACUUGAGGGCUGGAAUCGAGGGAGUUUUUUGGUAUGUGGGGGUUAUGGCGAUAUGAAAGAUCAAUGCAUUGGCUACGUUUGGUUUUUUUUGUGGAC